UACGUCAUUUCCGCCGGAAAGACGGUCUGUUGUUUUACAGUUGAAUGUUUCGGUUAGUUCACCAUGAAUCCGCUAACGAAAGUGAAGCUGAUCAACGAGCUGAAUGAGCGUGAGGCCAGUCUCGGGGUCAGGGAGUCGGUCUCCUGGCACACUGAGUACAAAGACAGCGCCUGGAUCUUUGUAGGUGGGUUUCCCUACGAGCUGACCGAAGGCGACCUGAUCUGCGUCUUCUCUCAGUACGGAGAGAUCGUCAACAUCAACUUGGUGCGUGACAAGAAGACGGGGAAGUCCAAAGGUUUCUGCUUUGUCUGCUACGAAGACCAGAGGAGCACCAUCCUGGCUGUGGACAACUUCAACAGCAUCAAGAUUAAAGGUCGCACCAUCCGUGUGGACCACGUUAAAAACUACCGUCCUCCUAAAGAUGGCGAAGACAUUGACGACGUCACCAAACAUCUGCGGGAGGAGGGCUGUGCGCCCACAGUCCCCGUGCCCUCCUCGUCCUCAGAGGAAGACGAGCAGUACGUCAUACCUGUGAAGAAGGCCAAAAAAGACAAGAAAGAGAAGAAGAAAAAGAAGAAAGAGAAGAAGAGGGCGGAAAAGGAGAAAGAGAAGGAGAAGAGGAACCGGGCACCCUCUUCUUCACCAUCUCCUCCUCUUCCUCCUGCAACCGCCAGAGUCAAAGAGGAGAAGCAAGACGCUGCCUACGACAAGUACAACCAGAAGAACGUGUCCGGAGAACAACAGAACGGACAGAAGGUGAAGGAGACGGAGAGAGUCCGAGAGGAAGAGGAGAGGAGGAGGAGGAUGGACAGGGAGAGAGAGGAAGAAAGGAGGAGGGACCGCUGGGAGACGGAUAGAGACCGAAGAGAUGAUAGGAGGAGAGAGAUGGACAGAGACAGAAGAGACGACAGGAGAGACGACGGGAAAAGAGAGAUGGACAGAGACCGCAGAGAGAUGGAGAGGCGAAGAGACAGAGAUGCUGACAGAAGAAGAGAUGUGGAUAAAGACGACAGGAGGCGAUAAAUGAUCAUAGAAGACGUCGGCCGGAUAUUUAGAACCCGAAUUAUGCUCCACGUUUAUUUGUACUUUUCCAGUAUUUUAACAGCGCUGGUUUGGGUCCAGAGAGACCGGUGUCCCCCCAUGAGACCACAACAAACCCCGUUAAAAUCCACUGCUGUAUGAGAAACGAACCAAUCCGGUCGUCUUACGAGUGAAUCUCACACCUGUGUUGUUUGGAGUAGUUUUGUAAUUAAAAUGUCACAUUUAAACAUUUGUCUUUAUUUACAAAAGUUAAAAAGUGCUACUUUAUUUUAUUUCAAUAAAAACGUGAAAUUUCUUUUUUUUUUUUUCUGUUAAGCAGAUGUACUUCUGCUGGACUAAAGGGUCUGUCGGUUAAACUGCGUUUAUUUAAAUGUUUCUAUACCAUAUUCCCCGCAGUUUUAAGACAUUUCAGAAUCUGAGGUUUGAGUGGUUUAGUUACAUCAAUUAAAUACUUUAUAGCAGAAACGGUUUAAAGCAGCACAACGUAACUUUCAGCUUUUGAGUUUGGCGGCAUCUUUUGGACAAAAUCGGUAGUGUUUUACCAGAAAGAACACUACGUUUCCCAUGAGCACCAGCGCGUACUGCCGGAAAACUCCUGUCCCGUCACUGCAUUUGUUUUGAUGAGAGGAGACGGGACACUUUUCUGUUUCACCAAGUGAACAGACGGAACGCAAAAAAAAGAUGUUAAACUGCUGGAAAGGAACUGGAAUUUACCGGGAUACCUUAAACAAGGAAGCCAGGGAGCGGUAUAUGGAGAAAAUAAUGAUUAUUAACGGUCUGGAUCCAUAUGAAAUCCCUACUGAAGAGCCAUGUGUUUC